UCUAAUCAUUUCAAGACACACACACACACAAUGAAUACCUCAAGGACAUGUAGUUUUCUCCUCAUAAUAUCAACAGCCAUUCUCAGGUGGAGUGUGGCAGUUUCCGGCCAACAGGCGCCAACGAGUAGAGCAUUGCUCGAGCAAAACGCCGAUAGAGUGACCCGUCUUCCAGGGCAACCUAUGGUGAGCUUCAAGCAGUAUGCAGGAUAUGUUACAGUCAAUGAAAGCCAUGGAAGGGCACUGUUUUAUUGGUUUUUUGAGGCUGAAGAAAGCCCAGAAAAGAAGCCUCUCCUUCUAUGGCUAAAUGGAGGUCCAGGAUGUUCUUCUAUUGGAUAUGGCGGGAUGGAAGAGUUGGGACCGUUUGUAGCUCAGAAGGGCACAUCAAAACUCCGUUUAAAUGGUUAUGCAUGGAAUAGAGCUGCCAAUUUGUUAUUUCUCGAGUCUCCGGUUGGCGUCGGAUUCUCUUACACCAACACAAGCAACGAUUUAAAGCAGCUCGGUGACAAAAUUACAGCCCGGGACUCAUACACGUUUCUACUAAGGUGGUUCAGGAGAUUUCCACAAUACAAGUCCCAUGAAUUCUACAUUGCUGGUGAAAGCUAUGCAGGGCACUAUGUUCCUCAACUAGCCGAUCUUAUAUUCGAUAAAAACAAGACCAUUGCCGACGAAGAUAGAAUAAAUUUUAAGGGAAUUAUGAUUGGAAACGCGUUGUUGGAUGAUGCAACUGAUCAGACCGGAAUGAUAGAUUAUGCUUGGGAUCACGCCGUUAUAUCAGAUCGCGUGUAUAAUGGUGUCAAGAGCAAAUGCAACUUUAGUGACUCGAACUCAUCAAAUGCGUGUGAUGCAGCACUGAAUGAUUACUUUGAUGUUUACAAAAUCAUCGAUAUGUAUAGCUUGUAUGCACCCUCGUGUGUCGAUACUACCCCCAAUUCCACUCGGCGUACACAUAUGCGUGGCAAAGUUUCCCCUCACACAUUAUCCAAGAACAAAGCUUGGCACGUUAAACCAACGGGAUAUGACCCGUGUCAAUCACAAUAUACCGACUCGUAUAUGAACAAGCCAAAUGUUCAAGCCGCGCUCCACGCUAAUACCACGAAAAUUCCAUACCCGUGGGCACAUUGUAGUGACGCUAUAGCGUAUUGGAACGAUGCUCCGGAUUCUAUACUUCCGGUCAUCAAAAAACUUGUUGCCGGCGGCAUUCGUGUUUGGGUUUUCAGCGGAGAUACCGAUGGAAGGAUUCCGGUUACCUCUACAAGACUCUCGUUGAGAAAACUUGGAUUGAACAUAGUUGAAGACUGGUCUCCAUGGUACACUAGAAGUCAGGUUGGUGGAUGGACGAUGACAUACGAUGGAUUGAUGUUUGUAACAAUAAGGGGAGCGGGACAUCAAGUACCUACUUUCAAACCGAAAGAAGCCCUUCAACUUAUUAGACAUUUUUUAUCCAAUCAAAAGUUACCAUCUUCACCAUUUUAGCAGUUGUGGGACCAAUUAUAACAAACAUAAUAUCAAUUGAUUCAUGAACCUACAAAAUGUGGGUUACCAUUAUAU